UACGCUCCAUAUUGAGAAUAAUUUUAGAUAUAAACCAGCUUUUCAGCUAUUAAUACACUCUAAAUUACCUUUAUAUAAAGACCCAUCUUUUUUACCCAGGAGAUUUAUAAAAAUUUCGUCUAUAAAAGAUUUUAUAACUUACCAGAGAUCUUGGUUUCGGAGAAGUUCUCGGCAUAUAACACACAUUACGAAUAGUGCAGUCGUUUUAGGAUUUGCCUUAAUAGUGAGCAUCUGUUUGUUUAUUUCUAAGUUAACCCAACGAACGGAGAGUAAAGAUAAAAGCCAUCCCCUCUUUCCUGGAGAAGUUUUAGAAAAAUACAAAGUUGGAAGACUCCUCGGCACAGGCUCUUUUGGUUCAGUUUACGAGGCUACUGUAAAGAAAACAGGAGAGAAAGUGGCCUUAAAAGUUAUUUUUAGAAACAAAGAUCUCGUUUCUAAUUUAGCUUUACGCAAUGAGGUAGAUGUAAUGGAGGCUUGUGGACGGCAUGAAAAUAUUGUCUCUCUUCAUGAAAAGUUUAUAACCCCGGACAAGCUAAUAAUUAUAAUGGAUUUAAUUUUCGGUGGAGAACUUUUUGAGUAUCUUCUUGAAAGGGGCCGAUUUAGUGAAAAGGAGGUCAGCGUGUUAAUGAAAAAAGUAUGUUCUGCUUUAAAACACUUGCACGAUAGAAACAUUUGCCAUAACGAUAUAAAGCCUGAAAAUCUUCUUUUAACCUCAAAAUUUGAAGAUGCUGUUUUAAAAAUAACUGAUUUUGGCAAUUCUUUUUUUUUGUCAGAAAAAAUUAUUUUUGAUAAGCCCACUGGAACGUCUGCUUAUCACGCUCCCGAAAUUAUUCUGCACCAGCCAUGUGACAAAAAUAUCGACAUGUGGUCUUUUGGUGUAGUAAUUUAUAUAAUGCUUUGCGGUGUUCAUCCCUUCGACCCUUCAGGAAAUUUUUCGAAUGCAAAAAUUGUCUUGCGUGUAUGCAACGGCGAAUUUGCUAGGAACGACGCAUGGAACCAACUUUCCAGCGACGCUAGAAAUUUAAUUGAGCACUUAUUAGACCCCAAUCCGGACACUCGCUACACCGCUGAUGAGGCCUUGAAUCAUCCCUGGUUUGGUGGCAGGGCGCCUCCCAAGAUUCUAUUGGAAAAGUCUGCGGAACAACUAAAAGGGUUCCAAAACCUGAGCUUACUCCGCGCAAGCAUCGUGGCACUUGGCGCUUCCUUACCUACACAUGUCGAAAAUGCUCGCCAGUUUUAUGCGAAUGCGCCGCCCGUCGUUUCAGCCUCUGAACGCCUGGGAAGUUAUAAUCGAUGGAACAUGGACAGCAAUACUUAUAUUAAAAGUUUCCAACUUUUUGAUAAAGAUGAAAAAGGAUUCAUAGGAAAGCAUGAAUUACGCCAGCUUUUCCGGUCCUUCGGCCAGUAUUUAUCCGAUAAAGACUUGCGCUUAAUAGUAGCCGAAGGAGACUUAAACGGCGACGGAAAAAUUUCUAUACAAGAGUUUGUAGGCUUGAUGAAGCGGCGCAUGCGGAGCGCGUGGGAGAGCGGGACGGACGACCUUCUUCGCUUAUUUAAAAUUUUUGAUAUUGAUGGAAAUGGUGUUAUUGACAAGCACGAACUUAGACAUGUAAUGGACGCUGUUGGUCAUUUCGUGACGGAGGAAGACGUGGAAGAAAUGAUGCUCGCAGCCGAUCUUGAUGGAAACGGAUCGAUCGACUACAACGACUUUCUUACCUUCCUUGCUGACCUCAACGAAACUAAACUAAACUGAACGGAUAAUACAUAUAUAAAUUUCUUCUUUUUAUUAAUUUUUAAAGAGUACAAGUAGAUAAUAAUAUAAUAAAGACCGCAUUUAAAGAUGGCAGGACUCUAGCGGCGGGUGCACAACAAUUAUAAAACUUUGAGCCAAGAAAAAAAAAAUAAAGUUUACUAAAAUUUACUUUGCGUCAACAUCAAGAAAUACAAUAAGCGCCUCCAAUGCUUAAAAAAUGCUCUCAGUACAUACAAAAACUCUAGUUUCUGCGGGCCUCUGGUCUUUACUGUCUUCAGGGCCGGGAACCCAAAGACCUGCAAAAAAAUAUACAAUAAAAAGCGGGGAUGUCACGUGACUCGAAAGCGGUGCGCAUGGGCUCUGGAAGAGAUUCCAUCACUUCGCACGGAUCCAGGCCGCCGGGUGACUCUGCUAUGCGCCGCUCCUUCUCCUUUCGCUCACCUCUUCGAUAGCUUCCUUCUCGCGCUCUUCUGCUCGUUGUUUUAUGCGGCUUACCAGCGCUUCAUAUUCAUCCUUGAAGGCCACAAAGUACUGACUGCCUGCUAACUUUAUUCUUUUAAAGAAGUUGCGAAUCAAGUCCAUUACGAACCUGCAUCAGGAUGGUCUGCUUUGCUACCGUUUCAACGGAAGAUUCGUCUUCGUCAAUCUGCAAAUCCACAC